UGCUGCCGGGGCGGGGCCUCCCAGGGGGCAGGAGUAGCUGCAGCUGCGGCGCGGAGGGGACAGCACCGGCGGCAUGUUUGGGAUGAUCAGGAACUCCCUGUUCGGGUCGGUGGAGGGGUGGCCCUGCCAGGUGCUGAGCAGAGGGGAGAAGGAAGAAGUAACCUAUGAAGAAAGGACAUGUGAAGGUGGGAAAUUUGCUACAGUGGAGGUAGCUGGGAAACAAUUUGAUGAGGCCUCCAAGGAAGCGGUGCUGAAGCUUCUGAAAUACGUGGGAGGAACCAAUGAUAAGGCGGUUGGGAUGGGCAUGACUGCGCCAGUUUCCAUCACUGCCUUUCCUGAUGAGGACGGCUCCUUACAGCAGAAAGUGAAAGUCUCACUGCGGAUUCCAAGCCAAUAUCAGGACAACCCUCCCCGUCCUGGUGAUGAGAGCAUUCAGAUUGAAGAGCGAGAAGGAAUGACCAUUUACUCCACGCAGUUUGGUGGUUAUGCCAAGGAAGAGGAUUAUGUGAAUUAUGCCGCCAAGCUGCGCUCUGCCCUGGGGAGCGAGGCAGCCUACCGCAAGGACUUCUACUUGUGUAAUGGCUACGACCCCCCCAUGAAACCGUACUGGCGACGCAACGAAGUCUGGUUUGUGAAGGAGUGAGCCACUGGCUUGCAAAGGUGUAGGCUGAGGUUGAUGUCUUCUCCAGCUUGUAUGUAGGUGGAGUCCUUGCCCUGUUCCAAACAAAACCACAGGCUCGCAGAGUCAAAAAAGACCUUCCCGGGGUCUCAGUUAUUAACAAAAAUAUAAUUAAAAAUAAUACGUGAACCCUCCCCAGCAAAGCCGUCUGCCCAGGCUUAUCUCCUCCCUGGAUCCCCUGGCUUUAGGAUCUGACUCUCUCAGGUACUAGUGCUCUUCCUGUUUCCUAGACUCCCUUAUUCUCAGGUGGGGAAAUGAGCCAGCUGCACCAAGGAGUUUGCAAAAUCACACUCGCUAACAGCUGGGUGUUGCUUGCAUUCAGUGGCAGCCUGUUAUGUUCCUCUGAAACUGGAGAGAGAUGCCUAUUGUCAACUAAAGUCUUUAUAACAAGUGGCUUUUCCACUCUGAUGGGGUGUUACGAUAGCUUAAUUCCAUGCUACACUGAUGCUUUAUCUGGUCCUUUCUGAAAGAGUAUAAAGGGGCUAGAUUGCUGCUGCUGAGACGCUGUGCGGUGAAGAUAGCAUCAUCUCCAUUUCCUAGUAGUGCACAAGGGAACAGCAUGCCAACAAUCUGAUUCAGAAACCUGCUCGAGAGGAAGAGCCAUGAUUAUUUGUACAGCUUCCUGACUAGGAGAUGGAACUCUUCAAUGUAAACUACUGACCUGUUUCCAUUAAUCACUGGAUAAUGUAUGAUAUAAUCUUGUGACUCUUUCUUUGUGUCUAUUAAGUGUUUAUAAUAUGUUUUCUCUGAAAUUAGCCUAUGAAGGGGUCACAAUUGGACAUGACAAUGAAAUCUGUAUUGGCCUAAAUGUAUACAGAGGGGUAAAGAGUCUCAACAGUUGGUACCUCUUAUUUAGGUGUCUGACUUUAAGAAGAGCUGUGCACACAACAGCUCCCACUGAAGUGAGCAUGAGAUUCUUGGCUCAGCUUUCUUGAAAAUAUGGAUUUGGGUGUCUAAUUUUAUGUAGACACUUUUGCAAAUCUUGGCAUUCAUGUGUGUAAGGGUGUAACUAGUUCUAUGAACACUGUAAUUUCUUUAACCGGUACAUAACAAACUAACACUUUAGCUGUCCAUAGUCCUGCCAAACAGAUGUCGGAAAGUAUCAGACAGGUGGACGGACACACAUACUACACUUACACAGGUGUGUCUAUAAUUUCAGCUAACUCAAACUGAGAGCAAUAUUCUUACAACGUCUCUGUGCAUGAAUGCUCAAGGGUGCUUACUAAAAGGAUCAGCUUCAUCCUGAAAGCCAGAGGAGAAGCUGUUCAGGGGUCUGGCCAGUCAAGAUGUUUUAUGUUAAGGUGAUCCUCUUGAGAUGAAAGUUUUUCAGGGGGAGGGGAAGUUUAACGUCCUGAUCUUUCUUCCACUGAAGUUAAAUAAGAGCUUUGGACUUCAGUGAAAGUUGAUCAGGCCCUUUACUGUCAGAACAGUUGGCUGGUUUAGGAAAAAGAAUAGGUGGGUAGCUUAUUGUUGCAGAAGAGAGGAAAAGCUAGAAAUAAAGUAACUGUUGGCUAGAGUAAGACAUUGGAGCAUAAUUCCUGAAGAGGAAAUGGACCAAAAAGAAAUAGGUAGACAAAGAUAUAUUUGUAAAGUUGAGGUUUUGCUUUUAAGACAGUAAAACAAUAGGUAGGAAUGAAUAUGAAGAACUGUUAAAGAGCAGGUACUACCUUUAAAAGGUUCUCCACAACAAAAGGAACCUCUCUAUGCACACAGUUAUUCUUAUCUAACCACGUGGGGAAUGGAGGGGUUGGGUUCAUCUUGUUUCUAAAUUCUAGGGUUUAUUUUGGGAUUCUUGCAUAUGAAUUGCAUGCAGUGUAAGAACUGUCCUCUCUGGCUCAAGGCAACAGGUGUGCUACAGUGAUGUGAACCCGCAGUUGAUGAAUUCUAGAAUGUGUAGCGGGUAAUAAUAAACCUGAUGUGAUCACGCUCCAGACUGGAGCAACACACUGUAGAAGACUGAGGAGUUCGCAAAAUGUAUAAGCACCUUCCCAACAUCAAGCAGUGAAGUGAGGUUGUAACUAAAGGCUGAGAGUUAUGAAGUCCACAGGCUUUGCCUCCCAUAGACUUCCUAGGGGUCAGAUUUUUAUGCCUUUAUGCAAACUAAACAGAACAUUAUCCUGUGAGUAAUCCCAUUGAUUUCAGUGAGAUUACUCCAAUUGAAUAGCACCUUCCUUCACAAGCAAAAGUAUCUAAAUUCUGUUUUUCCAUUCUUUGCACAUUUAAAAAAUCAUGACUUUUUAAAUUGCAACUUGGAAUUUCCUGACUUGAUCAAAGGAUCUGAGAGGGCAGUGGGAGCUUUUGAUUGUUCAGCCCUUUUGAAAAACUUUGUCACUGAUUGAAGAGCCUGAUUUUAGGUUGAAAAUCUUGGCCUGUGUGUGUGUUUGGGAUACAGAUCAUGUCAUAGUACUUAUACUUAGCCACUGAUCCCUCUCUAAAUAAAGAACUGUUUGGCCUCAAUUAUCUAAGUGUAUGUGUGGAUAAUGAAGGUUGAUAUGAUUCUAUGAUAACAUCUUAUAUCAUACGCCCCAUAAACUCUUAAACUCCUGUGUAACUUUACUUAUGUGAGUAUUGCCAUUGAAUUAUAUGGGGCUACUCACCUGAAUAAAAUUACAUACUGCUUUUAUUUACAGGAUUAGAGCCACAAAACCCACUUCAUUGCAUACACUGAUCAACUCCUUAAUUGACUUAAAAACUGCACAAUCCUCCCUCUUUUCUUUUAUGUUCUCUGUACCUUUCAAACACAUUCCUUGUAGGAGAAUAAUACAAUUAAUCGCAUCAAAAAAUUUCAUGUAACCUCUUUUGUGCCUGUGAGGUGCCCUUAUCUGUGCUUCACAUGAACACUGAAAAUGACACAUUUUAUGCACCUUUGAUCUUCAAAACUGAGUGAUAUUGUUCAAAACUGAGUAUGCAUUUACAAAUGUUAACUGAAAAUAAAAUGUAAAAGGAGAUUGUUUCUAUUGGAUGAUACAAAACCAGCCCCAUUUGGAUUUACUUUGUUAAUUUCUUCUAGUGCCUCAUGUCUGAAUGACAACAUUUUUUUUAUUGUUUAUAUCUCCUUUUGUGUACUUCCGGUGUUACAGUUCUCAGCUCUCUCUCCCAGACUCAACUGCAAAGAAUUAAUUGGAAGCUAACUUUAUUGCUUCAUGGAUCUUGCUGUGCAGCCAAAAACAUUUAGAAACCUGAAACGAUCUCCCUAUGAAAUGUGAAGUUGCUGCAUGAAGCAAUUUGGUCUAAUUAAAAAUAUUUCCAA